GAUGAGUAUCAGAGAAUCAGUUUUAAAGUUAUACAGGGAAAUACGCAGCAAAUCUUACAGUUUUAUCUGUAGGCAAGAAGAUUGAAGAUCAACAAUGAAGGAAGCUGUAAAGUUUUCCACUAUUUUGAGCAAUGUUGUCAUUGCACUCAUCAUCAUUUCAGCUGAUUGUUAUGCAGGGAAUGUAUUCCGGACACCAAAACCUUUAAAUCUUAAGAUUUUAAACCUUGACAUGGCAAAUAAUUCUGUUGAUGACCAGUUUAUAAACUGCUUCGACCAAACGUACAACAGGAUUAAAGAAAGCAUUCUUCCACAAGAGUUAGAAUCUAAUCCAUUAUUUAAAGAAACUUGGAUGCAUUUCUCAAAUAUUUCUGAUAUUUUUACAAGAAUAAUAAAGGUCUACACAACUUCAAAAGACCUUUACUCAUAUCUCAAUAAUAAUGUGAGUUCAGGCAGAGAGAAUUAUAUCAGAACAUUUAACUAUAAAGCUUUUCAUUUCUUGCUCACACAUGCCAUACAAAAGUAUAAAGUAAGGAACUGUACUGAUGUUUUCCGCAAAACUACUGUUAGGUUUAAUAUAAAUGUUUUGGACCAGGAAAUGCGAUUUGGCAGAUUUGCCUCAACUUCACUUAGGGAUGAUAUAACAACUUUUGGCAGUAGCUCCUGUUUUAAGAUUAACACGUGCUUCGGAGCAAACAUAGCCAAUAUGUCUGAGUUCCCUAAAGAAGAAGAAGUGCUAAUCCCACCUUUUGAAAAAUUCAGGAUCACCAAUAUCACCACUGCAAAAAAUAAAUUGAACUGCAGUGUCAUUUACACUCUACAGAGCACUGGGAAUUUUAGUAAUAUGAACUGUGAGCUGAUUAACACAAAUGUACGUGUAGCUUAUAAGCGUUUAUUUUAGUUUUUGCUGUUUGUAUUAUAGCACCACUGCCAACACUGCUGGAUAAUUACUGUAGUACAUAAUGUAAUGUUUCCAAGCAGGCAUCAUUGUCAAUAAAAUCAAUACAUGAUUGUGAUGUUACGUUGUUUCUUAAGGUUUUUUGUGAAUAGAAUCUAUCGUGUAGCACUCCACUGAAAAUGAAUAUCCAGAAAAGGGAUGAUCUAAUGCUUCUAUUGUAUACUUUGUAAAAUCUUAAUUAAAAAGCAUGAAAAUGAAGCAUUUUGUCAGUUUAAAUUUU